AGAACGCGUUGAACGCGGUGGCCAUGUACGCGCCGUGCCAUCACUGCUGCAAGCUCUUAAGCUGGGUUAACCUAGUCUAGUCUAAAGGACAAGUCUACGUACAGUGGUUGGACUGCUGUAAAGGUUCCCCGGCACCACAUUUUAGGGAAUCCGGCUCCCCAACUUAGCGCCUAUCCAAUCCUGGCCCUUGAAGCUGGAAACCGCGGGACUGAAAGAGCCAUUGGGAGGUAUUUUGCAUUGCAUUCAAUUCCUACCAACUAUGUUCACCGUCCAACACUGGACCGAAGUUGUUCCAGGGUUCUGUCACGAUGAACAAUGAUCAGUUUCGCAAGCUCAUAGCAGCAAAUACUCCGAAGGACUCACCAAACAGUCAUGGCGCAUCGUCAGCCACGCCUCGCGCCGUUGCACUUGGGUCCAGACAGAAAUCCAGCAUGCCGAUGACGCCGCGGUCCGUGGGCUUUACCCGUUCGGACUUUCAGCGUCAGUUGUCCGAGCAAAACAGACCGCAGAGGCCCCAGAAGAAGUUCAAGUCUUCCGCACCGAAAGGAGUCAAGCUCGCCGAAGGCUACACGGACCGCGCCAAGACCAGAGAGGAUGAGGAAGAAGACGAGAGGGCCGCGAGGUUAAAGGCGCUCGAAGAGUCCUUCAAGAAGGAAGAAAUCGACCAGGCGACAUACGACAGCCUACGAAGUCGAAUCGCGGGUGGCGACCUCUCGAGUACGCAUCUUGUGAAAGGCCUGGACUUCAAACUGCUUGAGAGGAUACGAAAAGGGGAGGACGUGUACGGCAACAAGAUAUCAGAUGGCGCCGGCGAUGAUCAUGAUGAUAAUCAUGACGACGACAAUGAGGAUUCUGUCGACGUGGAUAAUGCCUUUGAAGAGCUGGAGGACACGAGUAUCGAUACCAUCAAGAGGGAAGCUGCCAGCAAAAAGGGCCUUGUUGCGACCAACACACUUAAGCCCGGCCAGAAGCGUUCAAGAGCCAUGAUUCUAGCCGAUAUGAAGGCCACGCGCGAGGCUGCAAAGGCAAAGGAAGAGUCCGCACUUGGCUCACGAUUCAAGAAAAUCGGCGACAGAACUCCAGGCUCGCGCAUCGAAAAGGACAGUCAAGGCAGGGAGGUUCUUAUCAUAGUUGACCAAGACGGCAAUGAGAAGCGCAAAGUCAGGAAACUCCAGGCGUCAGAAGGCUCACGGGAGGAAGAAAGAACAAGGGCCUUGAUGAUGCCGGAUCAAAAUGCGAAGCCUCUAGGCAUGGAGGUUCCAGAAAUCUACAGGCAGAAGGUAGAGGAGCCAGAAGACGAGGAUGUGGACAUAUUCGAUGGCGUAGGAGAUGACUAUGACCCUCUGGCUGGACUGGGAGAAGACUCCGAUGACGACUCGGAGGCAGAGGAGAAGCCUAGCAAGCCACUGGCAGACGAAGUUCCGGGAGACCGCACAAUGAUGCCGCCGCCGCCACCACCGAAACCAGCAUCUUCAACGGGACAGCGGAAUUACUUCAAAGAUUCAAAGACUGAGUUGGCCUCUGCCCAAACAUUGCAGGCGCCAUCAAUGUCAGAUCCAGCUAUUCAGGCCGCCUUCAAGAGAGCAGCAGCGCUUAAUCACAGAUCGGCAGAUGAUGACGACGAUGAGGCCAAAGCCAAGGCAGAACGACGGAAAAAGAUGCUGGAAACUGUCGAUCGUGAUGCCGAAGACAUGGAUAUGGGCUUUGGCACCAGCAGGUUUGAGGACGAGGCUGACUUUGACGAGUCCGACGUCAAACUCUCACGGUGGGGCGGUAACGACGACGACGACGACGGCCAAGGUGGUGGGACAGGCAAACCUAAGAGAAAGAGAGGUGGCAAGAAGCGUAAGGGAGACGCCAACAAUGCCGACGAUGUUAUGCGCGUACUGGAGCAGCGAAAGGCUGCAAAAUAGAAGAAAGCAAUUGACACCAAUCAAAUGUACUUUGACAACUUUGUGAUAAGUGAUUACUUGUAGGAACAAUGUCAAUAACGUCAAGACAUAAGACAGCCAUGCUCGGCGUCUAAGAAAAGGUACACUAUAUAUGGCAAAGGACCAUCCAGAUGUCGUGUUUACAAAAUACGACUCCUAUGCU